GGCCCAUUAGUAUGGCCUCAUUCCAGCGUUUCAACACUAUCGCUGCUCCUCUCCUGAUGCGCCCCCCGACCUCCUCCUUCCUCCCACUCAGGAUACAAGUGGAACAAGGCAGGGGCGUAGGUGCUUUCUACUCAGGUGCGGCGGCAGAGCCAAGCACACCUUCCUCUCCUCUCCCAAGGAAAUCAUCGAGCGAGCACGGCCCACUUCCACUUCGAGCACGCUACAAGUGGAAGAGGCGAGGAGAUCGAGCGAGCGAUGGGCCGGAGGAUCCUCAACGACGCGUUGCGCACGAUGGUGAACGCAGAGCGGCGGGGGAAGGCUACGGCGCAACUCCAGCCCAUCUCCGGCGUCAUGAUCUCGUUCCUCAACAUCAUGAAGCACAGAGGUUACAUAAAAAAUUUCGAGGUAUUUGAUCCACAUAGGGUUGGAAAAAUCACCGUGGAACUUCAGGGAAGGAUUAAAGAUUGCAAAGCUCUCACUUACAGGCAGGACCUCAAGGCUAUGGAAAUAGAAAAAUACAGAACUAGGAUGCUUCCAACACGGCAGUGGGGCUAUGUUGUGGUGACCACCCCAAAUGGCGUUUUAGAUCACGAGGAAGCAAUUAGGCAGAAUGUGGGCGGCCAGGUCCUCGGUUACUUUCAUUGAGAAGGAAACACAGUUAUCCCAUGCUGAAUCAGCCAUGGGCUGCAUUGUUUGUCUUUCUGUUAUGGCUGCAGUCAUUUUAUUCGGACAUUUAGAGCUUGCUGCUUUUGUUCAUGGCCAACAGAAAAUGGGAUUACAUGUCAAAAGUAGUAUGUCUGGCGACACUGACAUAAAUAUUGUAAUCCUUCUUUGGGACAGAUAUUUCUGUAGGUGUAAUACACUCAUGUACUUUGAGGUACACGAGUAACACUCUAGUACGAGCAUCUAUGAUCUUGCUGAGAA